UAUCGCGCCUCUCGCUUCCUCCACUAUAUAAUCCCCGCUGUCCGCCACCUCGUCUCUUCACGCUCCUAGGGUUUUCGCGCCGCCGCCGCUGCCGCUGCCGCUGCUGCUUCUUCGUCUCAGCCGCAACGAUGCCGUCGCACAAGACCUUCCGGAUCAAGAAGAAGCUGGCGAAGAAGAUGCGCCAGAACCGCCCCAUCCCCUACUGGAUCCGCAUGCGCACCGACAACACCAUUAGGUACAACGCCAAGCGCAGGCACUGGCGCCGCACCAAGCUCGGCUUCUGAGCGAGGAGAUUGGCCGGCUGCUUCGUCGGAACUCUAGGGUCUAAGAGCUAUCUUCCUUUUGUUUUAUCAUUGCCACAGUGUUUCUGUAAGCUAGCAAGUGAUGCCAUGAUGCUUUUGUUAAGAUUUUGCUGAUGUCAAGAGAAUUGGUACUACUGUGGUGUACUCAGGAUUACAUGCUGCAUUGCUAUGCUAAGUAAAGAACCCUUGUUACCUUAUCAUUAUAUAUAUGUUUUUGCAGUAACUGAGGCCUAAA